AUGAAGGGGACUUUGCCAGAAGAGGUAUGCAGCUUUAAUAAUGGUGCCCACUUCUCCUAUGUCACAUCAGGCCAUGCCACACCAGGACAAAGCCACAUGAGGACAAGCCACGCGAGGCUAUGCCAUGCUAGGCUAUGCAACACUAGGCUACAGGCAGAGGGCAGGAUAGGGUCUCUGGUGCUCCAGGUGACUGAGGGACUGAUUGACAGGCCCACAGGCCACAGGGGCCCAAGGGGCGGGCCAGAAGCGCCAGAAGAGGCAGGCGACCAGCCCUCCCUUCUCGAGAGGCUGCUCUCUUCAGGCAGGUUGUAUUCCCGGUCGGUCGCCCUAAACGUGGCCCGCUUGGUUAGCUUUGCCAGGCAGCUGGCACGUGCUAUAACUCUGGGAGGCCUAGAAGCACUCGCCCACAUGCAGGUUUUCGGGCUUGGCCGCAGGGGAUCAUGGCUUUGCGUGGCCUGGCCGAGGCGCCUUGGGGACGUCCACGCUUGUUCAGUACAUUCGAAGUUACGGAGAGGUAGGAGAUCCAACUCGCCCAGCCUAACUUGCAGCCCCCCUCCCCCAGGCAAACCGAGGCUCCGGGGACACUUGCACCAAGAGCCCCCGCAGCCCGGGAGGGACCAGCAGCCCGAGGGCCAGGCAGAGUGGGCAGAGCCUUUCAGAUACUGGUGGAAGGGCUUGCCAGCAGUGCUCCCCCCCCCCAGUUGGCCCCCACCAGGGUCCUUAGCUCAGGGGCUCCCGAGGGACCGGCUUAGCUUUCCCACCAGGCCCCAGCUGCUCCCGCCAAGCCUCCCUCCUGCCAUGAAGCGCUCCCCUAGGCUGCCACCGCCCGUGAGGCCCACUCCCUCGCCCCCAGUAUCAGGAGCCCGUAGGAGGCGGGUUCGAUGCCGCAAGUGUGAGGCCUGCGUGCAGGGAGAGUGUGGUGUGUGCCGCUACUGCCGGGACAUGAAGAAGUUUGGGGGGCCCGGCCGCAUGAAGCAGUCCUGUGUCCUGCGCCAGUGUUUGGCCCCCCGACUGCCCUACUCUGUCACUUGUUCCCUGUGUGGCGAGGUGGAUCAGAAUGAGGAGACCCAGGACUUUGAGAAGAAACUCAUGGAGUGUUGUAUCUGCAAUGAGGUUGUUCAUCCCGGUUGCCUGCAGAUGGAUGGGGAAGGACUGCUUAAUGAUGAACUGCCAAAUUGCUGGGAGUGCCCAAAGUGCUACCAGCCGGACAACCCAGAGAAAGUGCAGAGGCGGAAAAUGGAUGACGGUGAUGAGGGUGUGGUCCAAGCCAAAGUUCUGCGGCCCCUUCGAAGCCGUGAGGAGCCACUCAUCCAGCAGCCUCCUCACUCAUCCACCACUAUGCUGCAGCUUAUCCAUGACCCAGGACCCCCCCAUGGUAUGGUGACCCGGUCGUCCCCAGGUGCUGGCCCCAGCGACCACCACGGUGCCAGCAGGGAUGACCGCUUCAAAAGAAGACAGCUUCGGCUCCAGGCCACACAGAGAGAGAAAGAGAACAAUCCCAGUGGCAAGAAAGAGCUGUCUGAAGUGGAGAAGGUGAGAAUUCGUGGGACAUAUCUAAUGGUCACACCACAGAGGCCCAAUAAAGAGCUUCAGGGAACUUCCAUUGUGCCCAAGCUGCAGGCCAUCACAGCUUCCUCUGCCAACCUCCAUCAUUCUCCCCGGGUCCUGGUACAGCAUUGUCCAGCUCUGACUCCCCAGCUGAGAGAUGAAGACGACCUGGGCAGAGAGCAGGACUUUGACGAUGAUGACGACGACGAUGACGAUGAUGACGACGAUGAGGAUGAUGAUGAGGACGAUGACAGUGCUGAGGAGGAGGAGGAGAGUGCCGAGGAGGAGGAGGAGGAGAGUGCCGAGGAGGAGGGCGAGGCAGCCACAAUGAACAGCCAGGGCAGCUGGACUCAGGACGAGGAGGAAAGCUGGAUGCAAAGGGAGAUCUGGCUGUCUGUCUUCCGUUAUCUCAACCGCAGAGAACUUUGUGAAUGUAUGAGGGUGUGUAAGACAUGGUAUAAAUGGUGCUGUGACAAGAGACUCUGGACAAAAAUUGACUUGAGCAGGUGUAAGGCCAUUGUCCCCCAGGCACUGAGUGGCAUUAUCAAGAGGCAGCCAGUGAGCCUUGACCUCAGUUGGACCAACAUCUCCAAAAAGCAGCUGACGUGGCUUGUCAAUAGGCUUCCAGGCCUGAAAGACCUCCUCCUAGCCGGCUGCUCUUGGUCUGCAGUCUCUGCUCUCAGCACCUCCAGCUGCCCCCUUCUCAGGACCCUGGACCUUAGGUGGGCAGUAGGAAUCAAGGACCCUCAGAUCCGAGACUUGUUGACCCCACCAACUGAUAAGCCUGGUCAUGACAAUCGCAGCAAGCUCCGAAACAUGACAGAUUUUCGGCUGGCUGGCCUAGAUAUCACUGAUGCCACGCUUCGACUCAUCAUUCGCCACAUGCCUCUUCUGUCUCGACUCGACCUCAGUCACUGCAGCUACCUUACAGAUCAGUCGCCAAACCUACUAACAGCUGUUGGCUCUUCCACUCGCAACUCCCUCACAGAAAUCAAUAUGGCAGGUUGCAAUAAGUUGACAGACCAAUCUCUGUUGUAUCUACGGCGCAUCUCUAAUGUCACCUUGAUUGACCUUCGAGGCUGCAAGCAGAUCACCCGGAAGGCCUGUGAGCAUUUCAUCUCGGACCUGUCCAUCAACAACCUCUACUGCCUGUCUGAUGAGAAGUUGAUCCAGAAGAUCAGCUAAAACCCAUCCAAUCACAGACUGAAAAGGAAACAAAUCCUUUUCCCUGCUCCCUCACAGAGGAGAGCUUCCCUCCCCUAUUCUGCAUGGGCUUCAAGGCCAGCAUCACACUCCCUCUACCUUUCCAUCCCUGUCCCCUCCCACUAUAGCAGGAUUGGGGUAGAGAGGGUAUUCCUGCUAUUAUGUCCUACUCUGACUGAGCACAAGGAUGACCUGCCUGCUCCCUUCUCUCCCUCAUUCCUUUCCUCCUUCCUUCCCUCCCUCUAAUGAAAAAGGGAAAAAAAAAUCACAGGAGGUGCCCACUUGGAGACCAAGCUCAUAGUUUGGGGGUGCUGUGCCAACUUAAUCUGUAUAGAAUCCCCCCCCCUACCUAGGCCACCCCACCCCAUCCCCCAUCUCUCAGCAGGGCCUGGGCCUGAGCACUGGGAAAGUAAGCAGGUUGGGCUGCUUAAAGAGAAAGUAGCCCUGUCUCAGUGGUUAGACUGUUCUUGGGGUGUUCAGUGAGUGUCUCUGCUCCAUCAUAUCCUUCCCAGCUCUGCAGAUGGGUGGCAUGGGCCAGAUUAAGACUAGAACCUGCAAAUCACACUGGUGCUGUUGAAUUUCCAGAAACCUCCUACAUGUCUGUCCUUACCCCCUGCAGCUUGACACUGUCCAAAUACAGUUUCCCUGUUUAAAAAAAAAAAAAGCCAAAAAACCCCAAAAAAACAAACAAACAAAAAAAAAACCUUGGGGGAAAAAAAACCUUGGGAAAAAAAAAACCUUAAAAAAUUUAAAAAUUAAAAAAAAAAAAUGAAAGAGUUGGAAUAGAUGACCUCUAAGGUCCCUUCCAGCUUCAAAUUCAUGAUCUUAUGAUCUUCAAAACCAAUCAUUGGCAGCAUGGAGUAUUGGACAGAGUGUUGGACUUGGGAGUUAGGAGAGCUGGGUUCAAGCCCUGGAUCUGCUCCUUACUACCCUUACUAGUGAUGUGACUUUAGCCAAGUCACUUCUCUCUUGGCCUCAGUUUCCUGAUUUGUAAAAUUUGGGGGUUGUACUAGACGAUCUGGUCUUGUUCUGACUGAUUUGAUUCUGUGAGUGUAAUAAAGGGUGUGCCCCCAAAUGUAUUAUUUUCUGUGCCCCAUGUCAGCCCUAUGCUUGACUGCCCGGGGCCAGGUGGGUGCCGCAGUGGGGACUUGAGGGAGGCCUGAGAGCCAUUAGGCGUUUGGAGGCCUGGGGAGAGAGGUAUUAAGAGAUAGCAGGAGGAUUACAGAAGAGGAGUUGGGAGGAUGCCAAAGAGAAACUUUGCCCGUUUAAGAUUUUUGCUUACAGCUGGCUCUAGGCCCAGGAAAUGGGGAGGAAACCUUCCUCCUCCAUCCUUUGCUCCUAAGACUCAGAACUCUGGCUAGUACUCUAAGUACUAUAGCUCAUCUGCUAACUUCAACACUUCAAAGAACUGUGAUUUUGUCGUUGUGAGUCCUCCCUUCACCAACACUGAUUGCAUCCUCUCUACAAGUUAAUUAAUGGUGUUUGAGACUUUUUAUUGUCAAAAAAAAUCAUCAGCCUGUAUCCAACCUGGUAGUGAUUGUCUCUGAACUUGCCUAAGCUGGUCUUUGGGUGACAGACAAUUAGUCUAUCACCGGGACCAUACUAAAGGCCUGACCUGCUUGGUAGAACUUUUAAAAAAAUGUGCAUUUGACUGACAUGGUCUUUGAGAACCCAGGAUCCACCUGGCAUUGUGAUGAGACAUUGGAGUAGGACUUUAGUGAAGGUUCAGUUAUAUUAUGAGUUAAACAGCCUUUUGGGGCUAGCCUGAGGAGGGCUUUGCCUUCAUUUUUACCAUUGUUUCUAUGGGAAAAUGCAUUCUGAGUUUCAAACAAUUGCUUUAUGAAUAAAUAUUUGGAACACAACCCAUGCAUAAGCUGAAAAUUUCCUGUACUUGGGAUAAUUGCUGUACUUAGUCAUCUGAAAUAUAUUCCUAGCCAUACCCUCCCUCUCCCCAAUAAUUCUAAGCCUGGGGAGAUGGGACUAGACAACCGAAGUUAUUUUUGCUGCUGUUUUGUAUGUGACUGCCCCAUCCCAAAUGGUUGGUUGGUUGGUUUUCCUGCAGAUGUUGGAUUCAGUGGUUCCAUGUAGACCAACCUUAAUCUUUAUAGCACUUACCUAUGCCAGCGAAUCACAAGGUUACUGCCACGUGUAGCUGCCUGAAGGGAACAGUUAUCUGAAAAAUCAGCUCUGUCCUUUAGGGGCCCCUCUAUUGUCAGUGUUGACUCCUAAGAGGCAUCAGAGUUUAGUUGAGAACAGAGUGGUGAUGAGCUCGACUGUGGUCACAGGAUAAUAGGCCAAUUUGAGUUAGAAGAAACCUAAGAAUUCCCUGUAUAUUUUCCCCAUGAUAAUUUCCCCAGUACCUGAAGACGGCUAUUGUGUCCUUUCCCUCCCAGUCUUCUCCUGUACUGGCUAAACAAUCCCCAUCACCUCCCCCGCCCAAGUCCUGGCCACUGUGCCUCUCUUCACACAGCCAAAGGUUGUAUUGCACUGUUGACUCAGAUUGCAGCCCACCAAAACCUCCAGAUCUUUUGCAAACAAACUUCUAAUCAUGCUUACUCCCAUCUUGUGUUUGGGAAGCUGACUUUUAGAAUGUAAUUCUAAGAUUUUUAUAUUUAAUCCCAUUAAAUUUCACUUUAUGAGAUUUGGCCCAAGAUUCUAUCACUCCAUGUUCUAGCCAUCCCUCCUUGGUUUGUGUUGUGCAAAUCGGAUGAGCAGGCCAACUAUGCCUUUAUUCAAAUUAUUACAAAAAACCUGAAACAUUAAACAGCACAGAGCCAGGUCCAGGGCCCUGGGUUACUCUACAAAAGUUUCCUUCCAAAAGGACAUUGGACCACAAAUAGUUGUUCUUUGGGUCCAACCAUUCCAUUAUUCUGAAACUACCUAGCCCAUAUCUCUCUACCUUAUUGACAAAAGUAGCAUGAGAAACUGGAAGGCUUUGCUGAAAUCUAGGUAAACUGUAGCUACAACAUUCUCUUGAUAUUACAGUCUAGUAACCCGAGAAAAAUGUAGAUGUUACUCCAAACCCCAAAUCUCCAUAUUUCUACUUCAAUCAUUCCGAGCUAUGCUGAGAGCUAGGGUACCCCUGAAAUACCUUGGAACCCCGGUAGAGGAGGAAUAAUUGCCCUCCCUUCAGAGGGUUUGUGGCUGUGGUUCAAGGGACCCCAUACCCACUUUUUUUCUUUUUUUCAAAGUAAGCUAUUUAAACCCAGAAUAUUUCCUUAAUCCUUGACCAGCACUUGUAAUUUCUAACCUUGUUUUACUUGAAGUUAACUUGUUUUACUUGGCAUGGUCUAUACCAGUGGUGUCAAACUCAAAUAGAAAGGAGGCCCACUUAAUGCUAUGUGUGGGUAGCAUAUUGACUUAGAAAACCACAUGUUAACAUUAUCUAUGUUAUAUUGUAUUUUUAUUUAUUUUGUUAAAUAUUUCCCAAUUACAUUUUAAUCUGGUUUACAAUGAGGAAUGUUUUGGGAUGCUUUUCCAGGCAGCCUGUUUGACACCUCUGGUCUGUAAUAUCUAUAGGGACCCUACAAAUGCCUUCUUCCUCAUCCUUUUUCUCCCUCUCCCUUUUGCCCCUGCCCCUCAUCCCCCAAACCACAAAGAAGAUUAUUGCAAGGCUCUGAGUUCAUUUUCUUAGUCACUUGGGAUCAGAUUAUCCAUAAGGGUUUUCUCCUUAAAAUUAUGUGUCUUGCUUGUGAUCAAAUCUUGACUAGUCUAGGGCAAGCAGUUUCAGUGAGUGUUUAAUCCCAGUGCACAUUAGGACCUGCGUAGUCCUAGACACACAUCCCAUUUUGCUGUGUUCCUUCUCUUCUGAGAUUGUUUUUUUGUUUGUUUUGUUUUGUUUUCUUCUUGAAUAAUUGUAUUUGAGUGUGGGGAAUUGAUUCUUUAUUGCUGGUGGAAAUGGUGUGUAUUUAUGGUUCACAAACUUUUUAAAUAUGAAGAUUUCUUUUUAUGGUCAAAACAUUUCAUGGACUUCCACUAUAGCUGUAUUAUUAAUGAUGAUUGAGAAAAUACAUGGUGACAAAAAGUUAUUGAAAAUUCA